UUUUUUUUGUUGUUAAUGAAAAGCAAAAAGGCAGGAGGCAGGCCCGUCGCGUGUGUCGGCUCUGGCUGGUGUCCGACCCGAGGCUCAUCAUCUCGCCUGUUGGCGCAUGCAGGUGGCACCGGACCCGCGAGAGGAUUAUGACCCUGGAAGGAGAGCUCGAACUCAUGGAGAGGGCAGAUGCCGACGUGGAUGGAAAAGGGAACAAAGCUACACGGAACCAGGGGUAUGUAUCUUUAACCAAAGAAGACGGGGCCGAUUUGGAGCAGCAAAGCGCUGCGUCCUUGUCUCCAAAACAGCCAGCGAAGGAUACGGAGGAUGAGGGUGACUUUACGCCGAACUGCACAGAGAGAAUCGCUGCCUCGGUGAAACCUCCGUACUCCUACAUCGCUCUUAUCACCAUGGCAAUCCUCCAGAGCCCGAAGAAAAGACUGACUCUCUCGGAGAUAUGUGACUUCAUCAGCCAGCGCUUCACGUAUUACGGGGAGAAGUUCCCCGCGUGGCAGAACUCCAUUCGUCACAACUUGUCCCUCAACGACUGCUUCGUCAAAAUGCCCCGGGAGCCCGGUAACCCCGGGAAGGGGAACUACUGGACGUUAGACCCUAUGUCGUCUCAUAUGUUCGAGAACGGGAGCUUCCUACGGCGGAGGAAACGUUUCAAACGGCAGAAUUACCGAUUUGGGAUGAUGGACACCCGGUGCCCGCUCGAGCGCAGCAGCGUGCUCCCUGGAUUUUCCUUCUACGGGACAAACGGAAUAGGGCCGUGUCAUUUUCAGGUACCCGGUUUGGAAUUGUACCAUCACUUGGGCAUCGAACAUCAUUCUGUUUCUAACCAAAGCAUCCCACCAGUGAGCAGCAUCUUGCCCGCGCUCUCCUCACUUUUAUCAAGGAAUUCGAACGUUGUCCAAAAUACAUUUCUUCCACAUCCGUCUCUUAGCUUUGAGAAUUUCGAAACGACGCGCCGCUCAGCCUCCACAGUGGCCCAAGCUUUGGUCCCCGGAUCUUCAUUUCUGUCCCCGGCCUCGCUCCAUUCAAUGGGCGCUCCGCAUCUCUGGAGCUUUCAUCCCGAGUACCACAAACUACGCUCUCUCCCCAACUCCAGCCGUAUAGCAAAUGAACUCUUGCAGCAACUUGGUGACAAAUAGCUUAAUCAAUAGUGUUUUCUGUAUUGACGAGGAUUCAUUAGGGAAAACCACCUUUCAUAGAUUUGUAUUUAUUCAAUUAAACAAAUGCUUCAAAUGAAAAAAAUAUAUGUUUUGAAGAUGUGUCAAUUGAGUCAACAUUUUUAACAAUGUUAGUGGCCAACCCAAAAAAUAUGUUUUGCAAUAUAAAUGUUUGAGGCCUAUAUUUUGUGUAAAUAAGCACUUUAUAAUUAAAUGUUUUUAUUUAAUUUAUAACGACAUUUGGCAACAUCAUUAAUUGUAAUGUUGAAAACAACACUGAUUUUUUUUUAAAUCAAAUUGAACAUGUCAGAUUUAUUAUACAACUUCUCUUGAUUCACUAACGCAGAACCUCUCCGAAUUAGCCUAAUCUCCCAAAUGUGCCAAUCUUGCCAGUGGCAAAUGUAAUCUCUAUACUUUGACAAUGUUA